CUGAAUCUCGCGAUAAAGGCUUAUUGUCUCGCGGGACCGCGGCUGGCAGACGGGCUUUCAGGCGGCCCUGGCCGGGGAAGAGGAGUUGCAUGUGUCGCUUCAGCUGGCGGUAGUGGCGGGAGCGGAGGCGGCGGGGGUUGUGCGACCGCCCGGGUUUGUGAGAUGGCUGCUGAUAUUUCUGAAUCCGGUGGGCAUGAUUGCAAAGGAGACCCGAGGGGCAAUACCAAGUUAGAUGCAGACUACCCACUUCGAGUCCUUUACUGUGGAGUCUGUUCAUUACCAACAGAGUACUGUGAAUAUAUGCCUGAUGUUGCUAAAUGUCGACAGUGGUUAGAGAAGAAUUUUCCAAAUGAGUUUGCAAAACUUACUGUAGAAAAUUCACCGAAACAAGAAGCUGGAAUUAAUGAGGGUCAAGGCACAGCAGGGGAAGAGGAAGAGAAGAAAAAGCAGAAGAGAGGUGGAAGGGGUCAAAUAAAGCAAAAAAAGAAGACUGUACCACAAAAGGUUACAAUAGCCAAAAUUCCUAGAGCAAAGAAGAAAUAUGUAACAAGAGUAUGUGGCCUUGCAACUUUCGAAAUUGAUCUUAAAGAAGCACAAAGAUUUUUUGCUCAAAAAUUCUCCUGUGGUGCCUCAGUAACAGGAGAGGAUGAAAUCAUCAUUCAGGGAGACUUUACAGAUGACAUAAUUGAUGUCAUUCAGGAAAAAUGGCCAGAGGUGGAUGAUGAUAGCAUCGAAGAUCUUGGAGAAGUAAAGAAGUGAUUUUGAAAAUUUGUCUCUAUUUAAUGAUCUGAACUGAGAGUUGAUAUGGCCAAAGGGAGAGAGGCCUUUUAAAAAUAUAUAUAUUUAUCCUACAGUAAAACUGUAGAUUACCCUCACCCUUGGCAUUUUCACUGUUCUGUAUGAGGCUGCUUGUUUUUUUUAUUGCCAAAGUCUAAUAAACAGGGGAGACUGUCAUGCUUAUGCAUGAAAUAGAAUUUAGUCAAAUAAAAAUUUUUGGUCAUUUGGUACUGAC